AUGGCUUUCCAGUAUGCAUAUGCGAUCGUGAGCAAAAUUCCGGAGUCGUUCGCAGAUUACCGUGCGGAUAAGGAUACCGUAGGACGUAGGUCUCUUGCAGCUGCACAUGCUGAGCGCACUGAGUUCGUUGAGACUCUUCGUAAAAUUGGGGUUGAUAUUUUGGAGUUGGAGGCGGAAGAGCGACAUCCGGAAUGUGUGAAAGUUGACGAUACGGCAGUGAUAAUUAACGGAACUGCUCUGAUGUGUAACCCUUCCGGUCCGCAUCGCCAGGGAGAAACUUUAAAAAAGGAGGUUGGAGUGAAAAUUGUUGAACUCAACACCGAAAACGCUCACGUUGAGGGGAGUGAUGUGUUGUUUACUGGUCAAGAAAUCAUCGUGGGCACUUCUAGGCAUACUAACGAAGCCGGAGCUCAGGCGGUCGCCAGGGCGUUUCCCGAAUACGCCACAUCAAUGAUUCAGGUCCGCUCACCAUUCCUAUCGUUGAAAGAUGCUGUCGGUGUUGCGGGCAUCAACGUUUUGGCGGUUGGUGAAAGUGAAGCCGCGCAGAAAAUGUUAAAGGACAUCCGCAAGGUGGCCUCGUACACGUACAAGGUGAUCACACUCCCCGAAGAUCACGCCGCGAACCUGUUGUAUGUGAAUCAUUAUCUGAUGCACUGGUCACCCGAAAUGAUUCCAAACAGCAUUGGAAUAUUCGAGAACAAAAUCGAUUACAAACGGACAUCAAUGAAUAUGCCGGAAUUGUUUUCUGCCGGUGUGCCGCUGUCAAAACUUGCUCUGUUCGUUGGUCGAUUCAGGCAUCAACGCAAUAUCAUAUCCACUAUACCGUGA